GCCGUUGGGCGGGUUGUCCGUCGAGGUCCAGCGCGGCAAUAAAAAGGUGGUUGCGACUGUUGAAAAGCCAAUAGACAACAAUUCAUCGCGCAGAUAACCUUUCCUGAAGCUUCAGCCAUGUUUUUCGACUACUCCUUGCUGAACAGAAGAAAUGGCAAGUUUUCCCUGAUAUGGCUUAUAGCCAAUGACAGACUGGAGUAUCGCCGCAGAACCGACAAGAACUUUCGGGAUGUGAUGUCUCUUGACGUACCCCAGGUCUGUGAGGACAUCCUGCGCUACAUCUGCGUACGGAUCCCGGCGUGCGGCGGUGACCAGGCGCGGCCCCGCCUCUCCCUCUACCUCUCCAGCAUGUUGAUGGCCGGCUCGGUCCGGGUGCACCGUCACCAGACGGGCGUCUUGCUCUUUGAUGUAGCGGCGGCAUUUGAAAAGCUGAUGAAGACACCAUACACAGGUUCACUGGAGAACGAGCCGGCCAGCUACCGGAAGGUGACGCUGGCGGUGGACCCGCUGGAGCUGGUGCCGCCCGGCGACCCGUUCCAGCUGGGCUCGCUGUACGACAUUGGCACCAUGCCGAACAUCCCGACCGCAGCCGCGGAGCAGGAGGACGAGCCGGCCAGCCACCACCGGCCCGAGCUGAACGGCAACGUAGCGGUGCCGAGCGAGAUCACGCUGCGGGAGGAGCAGCGGCCAGCCGGGCCGCCGCCCUUCCUCGAGGACUUUGGAGAUGUGCUGCCGCCGCACCAGCGCCCGCUGCAGCAGCCGUUCGCGGACCCGCUGCUGGAGCUGGAGCUGGAUACCGACGCUGUGCCACGGUACAGCUGA